UUAAUGGAACAUCCGUGUUCUGGGGCAGUCUACCUUUGGGCAGCGGCUGCAGGGGAGGGAAUAGUAGCCAGUCUGUGAAACAGGAUAUUGGAUUAGAUGGACACUUGGUCUGACCUUGCUGGGCUCUUCUGACGAUCCUAACGACCCUGUAAGCUAGCUGAGACUCCCCAGAAGGAAGGAGGAUGGUCAACAUCGGAGACUUGCCCGAAGACAUCCUUCUGGAUCUGCUCUCUCUUGUCCCCGGAAGGGAUCUCCUCCGCAACUGCCGGCUGGUUUGCUCCCACUGGAGAGACCUGGUGGAUCUGGGCACGCUGUGGAAGCGCAAGAGCCAGCGAGAGGGCUACCUUCCCAAGGAGCCGGACAGGAGCGUCCCAGAUUGGAAGAACUUCUACUUCCUCUGUAUUCUGAAGAGGAACCUAAUCAAAAAUCCUCUAGCCGAAGACAGUUUUAAUCACUGGUCAGUUCUGAACAAUGGAGGAAAUAAGUGGAAGAUCGAAGAUCAACCUGAGCUUCAUGGGAGAGAAUUUCCCCAUCCACAUGUUCAGAAAUUCUUUGUCACGUCUUACAGGCCCUGCACAAAGUUCCAACGCAUCAACUUAAAGGAGGAAGGAUACUGGAACGAGCUGAUGGAUGAAGCUAAACCAGAUAUCGUGGUGAAGGAUUGGUUUUCUGCCCGGUACAAUUGCAGCUGCCAAUACAAACUGAAUGUCAAGCUGCUCUCUGCAUACUACCAGGUCCUGGAAGAAUUUAAUACUGAAGAGGUGGUGAUAAAUCAGUGGAGCGAUGCAGAAUGGCGUGAGAUUUCGCACACUUUUCACAACUACCCUUCAGGCAUCCGCCACAUCGUUUUCAAGCAUGGAGGCCGAGAUAUUCAGCACUGGGCUGGCUGGUAUGGCGUCCGCAUAACCAACAGCAGUAUCACCAUUGGCCCAGAGGUAGCCGAGUGAGGAGGGAAAGAGAGCAUCAUUUUAAGGGGACACGCUGGAUUGGAGAAGUCGCCUGACACUUGUUUAUAACAGAAAACAUUCUCUUUAUUGAUCAGCCGGAAUCCCCCCCCCAGUGCCGGAGGACUCCUUGCAGGGCCGUG